GUUCCGGCGGGGGCGCGCGGAGCCAUCGCGGCCUGUUCCCCUUCCCAUUCCCACUUCAGCCUCCUUCCCGGCCGCGACCGCGACCGCCCCCAGUUCCCAUUCUCGGCCCAUUCUCGGCCCCGUUCCGGCUUCCUUCCCGGACCCAGCCCCGUUCUCAUUCCCGUUCUUGGUCCACUUCUUAGUCCCGUUCCCGGCUCCAUUCCCGUUCCCAGCCCCGCUCGCAUUCCCCUUCCUGCCAUGGCGGUCCGCGCCAGCUUCGAGAACAACAACGAGCUGGGCUGUUUCGCCAAGCUCACCAACGCUUAUUGCCUUGUGGCCAUCGGCGGCUCCGAGAACUUCUACAGCGUGUUCGAAGGGGAGCUCUUCGGGACCAUCCCGGUGGUCCACGCCUCCAUCGCCGGCUGCCGCAUCAUCGGCAGAAUGUGUGUAGGGAACAGACACGGGCUGCUGGUCCCAAGCAGCACGACAGACCAAGAGCUGCAGCACAUCCGCAACAGCCUCCCGGAUUCCGUGCGGAUCCAGCGCGUGGAGGAGCGGCUGUCAGCUCUGGGCAAUGUCACCACCUGCAAUGACUAUGUGGCUCUGGUUCACCCGGAUCUGGACAGGGAGACAGAAGAGAUCCUGGCAGAUGUGCUGAAGGUGGAGGUGUUCAGACAAACAGUAGCAGACCAGGUGCUGGUUGGAAGUUACUGUGUUUUUAGUAACCAAGGAGGAAUCGUGCACCCCAAAACUUCAAUCGAUGACCAGGAUGAGCUGUCUUCUUUGCUGCAGGUCCCACUCGUGGCAGGGACGGUGAACCGCGGCAGCGAGGUGAUCGCAGCGGGGAUGGUGGUCAACGACUGGUGCGCCUUCUGUGGGCUGGACACCACCAGCACCGAGCUCUCUGUCAUCGAGAGCAUCUUCAGGCUCAACGAGGCUCAGCCAAGCACCAUUGCCACCAACAUGAGGGAUUCCCUGAUUGACAGCCUGACAUGAGCAGUGUUGGUUCCUGCUUCCCAGAAAGCUCCUAAGGAGUGAAGCGUUGAGCUGCACUUUGGAUCACAGACAUCCAGACCUUCUGAUGGUGUUUCUGGAGGCCUGGCCCAAGGGAGAGGCUACAAACCCAAAUUUUUUCAUCUUUUGUAAACUGUUACCACAAAAACUGACAAAUAACAUGCAUAAGAUACAAAUAAGGAAUGCUCUAUAUCCCUUUGCUCAGUUCUUCAGCUCUGCUUUCUGAUUUUGUGAUGCCAACUGAGCUCCUCAAAUUACCCCACAAUAUUUACUCUUGUGGCUCUUGGAUGUUGAUCACUAGAGAUUAUUUUGCCUUAAGUCUUGCACCAGUGUCCUGCUGCACAGCAGUUUGUUUUGGCACUACAUGUGCUGUCCUCUCUGUCCACACUCCUGCUCGAGUGGUGUUUCUGCUCUAGGUACAUGUAAGAUCCCUUUGUAUGUCCAGUACCAAAAAUACAGUAGUUUACUUGCCACAAAAUAAUUCAAAAGUCAUCACCUGCUCUUUUGCCCUGACUUGCAGCUGUUCCCAUGGGAUGGUGUUUCUGAAGUGAUCAGCUUGGAUGAAAACUGGAGUUUUUCAGUGUCAGUCCAUGGGCUUUUAACAACUGCAGUGUGGGAGUCCUUGGAGCAAUGUUUGACCUGAUGUCACCUGUGCUGCUUCUGAGGCACCUGCAGGAGGGCCCAAAAGGCUCACUGUUGCCUGUGGGCUUAAUUUGUCCUGCAGGGGUUCACCUCCUACAAUGGGAAAACUUAGAAAAAUCCAAAUAGAUUUGGACCACCUUAUCUAUUUGUCUUUAACCUUGGAGACAAAAGUUAAAUAACACGGUUCUAAGCAGUCAGUCAGAGGCUACAGAUUUGGGAGCUUCCUUAUGAAGAGCUCUGCCUGUGCCAGAUGGAAAGCAACUGUAGGUGCUGCUUUCAGGCAGAAGAUUGUAAUUUCUUUCUACACAGCUGUUGCUCAGUGAUAUCUCAUUUCAGCUGCUUUCCUGCUUGCCCACUGAGGGUGCACUGAAGGCAUAGAAGUGCCUCCAUUUCCCAUCCUGAGGGUAAGAGGAAGCUCUCACUUGUCUCCACACAGCUGCCUUGCUCUCAGCUGAGUUCCCUUGGGGAAUGAUCACCUGAGGGCCAUAUGGGCAGAGAGCUCUUUUCAGCGCAGGGGCUUUGUAGAAAAUUGAGUAAAUUUCCAUUUUUGUUUUACUGUCUGGAUGUUUAGGGAAGGCUUUGUUAUUUCUUAGAUUUGGCUGAUAAAAGGUUACUCACUUAAACUUGGAAAUAAAGAUUGCCAUGAUCAUCUGUGAUCAGACAUCAAGCCUUUGAUACCAUGCACCACCUGUCUUGGCCCACUGACUCCAGGUCUCCUCCUUUCAGCCUGUCUCAGUAUUUAGAGUGAGAAGCUGCUUCUCUUUGGCCACCUCACAGGGCUCAGCUCUUGGGUGGAUCAAAUGUGAUACCUGUUUUAAACAUGGGUCUGUGGGAAUUCUGAGAUGGACUGUGUACAAGGAAAACAAACUAAUAAAGAAUGGAUUUAGAAACAUGGAUCAUGACAGAGGACAAAAGUGGUGUUUCCAGUGGCAAGUUGUGUCCCAGAAGACCUCUGCAGCUCUUUAAGAGUCCUCAGGGAUAGGAAGAAGAUCUCUUGUACUUCAAAAGGCAUUUGGCAGGACCUUGGGUGAGUGAUCCCAUGGAAUGAGGGAAGCCCUCUUGUCUGGUUAAGGAAACUCGGUGGAUUAGGGCAGGGAAUUUUGGCCAUACUGAUUUACUUUGACUAGUGGAGUGUGAGGAUUGGAUUGAAAGGGAAAUUCAGUGCAGCUGAGUGUGAAGUGAAGCACAUUGUGGUUAAGCAUCCAAAUUUCACCCAGUAGUGGUGAACUCUGAGCAAUGCAAGAGCACGUUCCUGACUGAAGGUCCAUAUUGAGACAGACGUGCUCUGGCUGCAGUAAUGGUCAAGAAAGCAAACUGUCUGGAGCUAAUUAGGAAAACAAAGCCCAAACUGCCUAAAGCAACCUUAGCUGUAAAUCCAUGAUGCAUCUUUGUCCUAAGCACUAUGUGUAGAUGAGAUGCAAGUGUUGCACAGUAGUUGCCAAAUGUUUCUGCAAAUAGAUAUUUUGGGGUAGUGCUCAUCUACAUUAACUUUUGGGUCUCAAACUCCAAAAGAAGCUGGGGAAAGGAGGGGUGAAAUUCUCAUGCUGUUGCCCAUUGCUUGCCCUGAGAUCCUGUCCUGCAGUGCCAGAGCUGGCAGGAGCAGGGUGGUGAGGAGGAGGCUGAGCACAGCAAGGGUGAAAUGGGAGACCAGGUGAAGGGUUCCAGAAUGACAAGAUUCCAGGUGGCAGGCCCUUGGCAUGACAGCCUGGGGAACAAGCACAGUGCAGCCCUUGACUGACCAUGUGCUUUCAUCUCCAGGGCAGCACAGAAUGUGUGGUGAUGAUGCCAAAAGGUGUUAAGGAAUAGUCAAUAAAAUAAAAUUUUAUGUCAACA